AUGUGGACGCUCAUCAGCUCGUUGGCGUUGAUCGCGCAGUGUGCGAACGCACAGGUCGACUAUUCGAAGUAUGUCAACCCAUUCAUUGGAGGCGAGGGCCCUAUUCCAGGACAAGCAUCUGGAGGCGGCGAUAUCUUCGUGGGUGGUGCGGUACCGUUUGGUGUCGCAAAGGUCGGCAUCGAUACUUAUGAGACCAACCUGACGCUCUCGACAAUCAAUGGCGGUUGGACGCCACAAGGUCUCGUCACUGGCAUUAGCAUGAUGCAUGAAAGCGGAACAGGUGGACCACCCAAGUACGGCAUCAUAUCGCAGAUGCCUUUGACGAAUGCCUUUGACGACUCGGUCAACCUGCUGGACAACCAGACUUACUGGCAGAAGAGGACGGUGGACGACUCGGCCACUGUCGGGUACUACGCCACGGAACUGGAGAGCGGAGUGAAACUGCAGCUCGCUGGUGCACGACACAGUGGGAUCAUGCAAUACGACUUUCCAACGGAUGAGGCGCACGUACUUGUCGACGUGUCGCACUAUCUGGCCGAUGUGAGCGGAUCAAAUGCGGGCCAGUUCUACGGCGGUGGCUGUAUCAACAUUCUCGACGGUGGGAAGACCUAUACUGGCUUCGGCACGUAUGGAGGUGGCUUCAGUAACACUGCUCCGGCGACGACGUACUUCUGCGGCGAGUUUGAGCAAGCUCCCGAUGAGGCGUUGACCUUCCGCGGACGUAAUACGGAUCCACCGAUACCCCAUCCCACCUUCCGCGGUCGAAGCACGGAGGAGUCAGGACCAUUGACAGACCGUGUCGGUGCCAUCUUCAGCUGGUCAGGCUCGUCAAACUCUUCCUCGAUCAAGUCAAGAGUGGGCAUCUCGUUCAUCUCAAUCGAGAAAGCCUGCAUGUUCAAGGACCAGGAGAUCAAAUCAUGGAACCUGGACGACACCGUGGAAGCCGCCGUACAGGAGUGGAACAAAGACGUCUUCAGCAAGAUUCAGGUCCCAGUCGACCCGUCACAGAACCAGACCAACCUUGCGCUGUUGUACUCGAGUAUGUACUUCAUGCACUUGAUGCCAUCUGAUCGUACCGGCGAGAACCCACUUUGGGAGUCGGAUGAUUCGUGGGACGACUUCUAUACGCUUUGGGACAUCUUCCGCUGCACGGUCUCGCUGUAUCACCUCUUGCAACCAGAAUACUACCAGAGCAUGAUUCGAGGCCUCAUCGACAUUUGGCGUUACGACGGGUACAUGCCAGACGGGCGAAGUGGUAACUACAACGGUCUGGUCCAAGGAGGCAGCAAUGCAGAUAACGUACUCGCGGACGCCUUCGUUAAGAAUUUGCCCAAUAUCAACUGGACCGCCGGAUAUCAAGCCAUGGUGAAGAAUGCCGAGGUCACGCCUUACAACUCCUGGAAUAUCGACAUAUCCAACGGCAUCUCGCAGGGUCGUGGAGCUUUGCCUGACUGGCUCAAGCUUGGCUAUAUCUCAAGCGACAGGAGCACACGAGCGAUCUCAAGGACGGUAGAGUACUCGCUCAAUGACUUCUCGCUCUCGCAAGUCGCGAAGCAAGUUGCGCCCGAUGAUGUGGAGAAGUAUCUGAAACGAUCUGCGAACUGGCAGAACAUCUGGGCCCACAACUUUACCCAUAAAGGCUUCACUGGGUUUCUAGCUCCACGGAAGUCGUCAGGAGAGUUCGACACUGCAACCUACAACCCGGCUCAGUGCGGCGGUUGCUCAUGGACAGACAUCACUUAUGAAGGCACUCCUUUUGAAUACUCCUUCACAGUCCCCCACGAUAUGCAGACCCUCGUAGAAUUCAUGGGCGGUCCCGACGACUUCGAAAAGCGCCUCGACUACAUCUUCGUCCCGGGCACUUCGGAGCAGGACCUAGCGGACAACGGAGCGGGAAUCACCACGAUCAUGAAUAUUGGCUUCAAGAACGCAACCUACGGCGUCCCCGGAAAUAGCGACGCCGGCGCCCUCAACUCCUGGAUGCUCUGGCAGAUGCUAGGCAUGUACCCCGUCGUCACUCAGCCAGUCUACCUUCUCGUCUCGCCCUGGUUCUCCGACAUCAACAUCACUGUAAAUGGCGAUCAAAACCUUCGAAUCACGGCUACCAAUCUCGACAACGCGGACAGCUACUAUGUCCAGUCCGUGAAGGUCAACGGACAGAGUUGGGAUCGUAACUGGCUUUCGCACGAGGAUGUGAUGGUCAAGGGAGGCACGAUCGAGUUUGAGAUGGGGAGUGAGAUGAAGAUGUGGGAGACAGGUGAUGUGCCGCCGAGUCCUGGGCAUGCUGCACUUUCGUAA